UUAACUCGCGUACAGUGGCAGCAUAAAUUGUAAGCCGUUCAGCAGCGAAUUUAGAAUUUAAGGAUUUAGAUUUUACUCGCGUGAAAACGCGUGAAGCAGCAGAAAUUGAGAAGUUGGAUCAUGAGUCGCAAAAGGCCGCAUGGCGACAAAGAAUCAGAAACUAAUAAAACAGUUUCCGUGGUGAAAAAGGUUUUACGAUCGUCGUGCAAAAAUGACGUCGUAUAUGAUCAAAUACAAAAGGAUGUGGACGAGAUGUCGUGUCUAUUCGUCGAUGUAUCAAGAUACAUUCACAUUACACUGAUGCAACGUUGGGUACAUGGAAACUUUGACGCAAUGAAUUUUCUUGACUGUUAUUACCAUCUAAUGGUAAAGAAAAAACCAAAAUAUACAAUAGACCAGGAGUAUAAUAUGCUGCGAAAAAACCUCAAGUUGUACGAUAGUUCGUAUCGGUCGAAUUUAUUUGUGGAAAACGCGAAUAAAUUUCUGACUAUAUUCCAUAACAAUAUUUGGAUGCACGGUUAUACUCGGCUCAGAAAAUAUUUCAAAUUUGAAAGACAAAAAAAAACGUAUAUGAUACACUGAGCUACUUAUUCGACAAAAAUUGCAAAAAUAAUGCAGAUGAAGAAUUACUUCAACGUAUGCGUGUAGAGCUACAUUGGAACGGAAAUAAACUACACGAAAUAGAGAAUGUUAAACUGUUUUGGUCUUCCAUCGAAUUAUUUUACAACCUGCAACGGUAUAAUGAGAUAAAUGAAAUAAAAAAUUUUUCACUAAUACCACAACUAAAACACGGUUUACAUCACGUGAGAUGCGAUCGAUUUGCGUUCCAUCAACUAUUGUGUCGAUUGAAAUUAUUCAAAGGGCCAUUUUCUUCCUUCGAUAAAAGUGAAUUUGGAAAAUAUUUUAAAAUUCCUUCCACGUGCACUAAAACGUUUUCGUCCUUACAAACUGAUGGCAUCUGUAUUUCAUUUUGUAUGGAAAAGCAAAUAAAAAAAACAAAACGAAACUAAGCUAGUGAAAAAGAGAAAACUGAAACCAAAUGAAACAGAUUGUACAGGAGAUCUAAUAAAAAUACGUGCAACAAAAUAAUAAAUAUACGAAAGAUUUCACCACAAAAUCAGAAUUGUCUGCGAAUUCGUAAAAUUUUAAAGAAUAUUGUAAAUUUGAACUUGAAAUACUGGAGCAAAAACAAAAAAUAUUCUCGCAAAGAAAGGUGGCUCGGCUGAAGCUGAAGAAAUACAUUUGCCGACAAAAAGCCUGCAACAAAAUUGCGCAACAACUGGUACCAAACAAAGAAGAGAAAACGUUAAUCUAACUCGGAUCAACAGAGAUUGCUUCAAACUCAACAAUGCGCGGAUAUAGGCGUACACCAAAUCGGUUACUAAUCGCAGCACUAAAACAACGGCAAGCAGAUAUUCUGAUGGUUAAUGAAUUCAGAACAACCAAACUUUGCGCAAAAUGUACUUUGCGCACAGGUACCAGUUUUGUCCAAACUGCCGUACUUGCUGGAAUCGAAACGUCAAUGCUGGGAAAAACAUUCUCUACCUGGGAGAAUGUAUCAUUAACCAAGAACAAAAACAUGAGAAUUUUCACAAAUAAGAUGUCAUUAUUUCAUAUAUGGCGAAAAAUAUGUACAUCUGACUGGCAACAGUUUAACUCUAAAUUCGCAUGCGUCCACGAUUUUUACGUGAUGUCUCUAAAAUUGACACACGUUGCAAUAUCCUGGGCAUUGAUCUUAAAUGGCCAUUAGGUAUUGCACCCACUGCUAUGCAAAAAUUGGCGCAUCCGGAGGGUGAGGGUGCAAAUGCGCGUGCAGCAGGCAGUGCUGGUUCCAUCUAUAUAUUGAGUACAUUGUCUACUAUGUCAAUUGAAGAGGUCGCAACUGCGGCACCAAAUACCAAUAAAUGGUUUCAGCUUUACGUCUACAAAGAUCGCUCACUCACAGAGAAAAUGGUACGUCGUGCGGAGAAGGCCAAUUUUAAGGCAAUCGUCUUAACAAUUGACGCACCAAUUUUUGGUCAACGUCGCUCGGACGUCCGUAAUAAAUUCAGCCUUCCGCCACAUUUACGUCUUGCCAAUUUUCAAGGCAUCAAAGCUGAAGGUGUGCGUAGUGAUAACGAAGCAACAUCCGGAAUAAAUGCUUAUGUUUCAAGUCAAUUCGAUCCGACGCUAACGUGGAAGGAUGUGGCCUGGCUAGUAAAGUUAACGCGGCUGCCAAUUAUAGUUAAAGGCGUACUAACACGCGAAGAUGCCGUAUUGGCACGUGAAUUUGGCUGUGCCGGAAUAAUUGUCUCAAACCAUGGCGCACGACAGAUCGAUACAGUGCCGGCUGCAAUUGAAGCACUUCCCGAGGUGGUCAAAGCAGUGGGUAAUGAUCUGGUGGUGAUGUUGGAUGGAGGCGUUACGCAGGGCAAUGAUAUUUUCAAGGCAUUGGCGUUGGGUGCAAAAAUGGUAUUUAUAGGACGUGCUGCCCUCUGGGGCUUGGCUUGUGACGGACAAAGAGGUGUUGAAGAACUGUUAAGAGUGUUGCGUAAGGAUUUCGAAAUUACACUUGCUUUAGCAGGUUGCCAAAAGUUAAGUGAUAUCACGCUAGAUAUGGUGGCUCAUGAGUCGGCCUAUGCAAGGUUAUAGAACAAAUAACGAGGUUUUAAAUAUAAAAUACAAAAUUUAUAAAAUGUGUAUUUAGUGU